AUGUAUAGCCUUCAUUCUGUACAGAAGACUCAACCAGAUGCGACACAGCCGAGCUCACGAAAGCCAUGUCUGAAGGUCUCAGACGGAGUCCCCAGAAAGGGGGUGCCAGCAGAGCAGAAAACACACAUCAGAGAACUGACCGCCACAGUUACAGAGCAGAAAACAAACAUCAGAGAACUGACCGCCACAGUUACAGAGCAGAAAACACACAUCAGAGAACUGACCGCCACAGUUACAGAGCAGAAAACACAAAACAGAGAACUGACCACCACAGUUACAGAGCAGAAGACACACAUCAGAGAACUGACCGCCACAGUUACAGAGCAGAAAACACACAUCAGAGAACUGACCGCCACAGUUACAGAGCAGAAAACACACAUCAGAGAACUGACCGCCACAGUUACAGACCAGAAAACACACAUCAGAGAACUGACCGCCACAGUUACAGAGCAGAAAACACACAUCAGAGAACUGACCGCCACAGUUACAGAGCAGAAAACACACAUCAGAGAACUGACCGCCACAGUUACAGAGCAGAAAACACACAUCAGAGAACUGACCGCCACAGUUACAGAGCAGAAAACACACAUCAGAGAACUGACCGCCACAGUUACAGAGCAGAAAACACACAUCAGAGAACUGACCGCCACAGUUACAGAGCAGAAAACACACAUCAGAGAACUGACCGCCACAGUUACAGAGCAGAAAAUCCUCAACAGAGAACUGACCGCCACAGUUACAGAGCAGAAAACACACAUCAGAGAACUGACCGCCACAGUUACAGAGCAGAAAACACACAUCAGAGAACUGACCACCACAGUUACAGCUUUAGAGACGCAACUGAGGGAAGAGAUGAACAAGAAAAAUAAUGAAAUAUCAAAUCUUACUCUGGGUCAAGUGGAGUUGAGAAAGGAAAAUAGAGACAGAGAAAUAGCUUUUUCAGCUUCACUGAUGCAAUCUGGCGGUGGACAUAUUGGUCCUUUCACCACUGAAAUCACACUAACCUACAGGAACGUCUUCACAAACAUAGGGAACGCCUACAACCCAAUCACAGGUAUUUUCACAGCCCCGCUGAAAGGAGCGUACAUGUUCAGAAUCUCUGUUUUUGGUUAUGGCCCAACUGCAACUAUUGUUAAGAAUGGAAAGAAUGUGGUUGUAGCAGAUGCUCAUCAGCCUCAGAAUGUGUUAAACUCCUCUAAUGGAGUUGUGUUGAUCCUGGAGGUUGGAGAUGUUGUCUAUGUGAGACUUUGGUCUGGCAAGAGGAUAUUUGAUAACGUGAAUAACCACUGCACUUUUAGUGGUUUGCUACUAUUUCCCUUAAGAGAACAGGAGCUUUGCAGAAUGUGAUUCCAAUAAUACU